AUGGCGCAACGACAGCCGUCAACACCACCACAGCCCCCGGCCUUCGAGGUCCGCCCCCAUCCGACCAAGGGCCGCGCCCUGCACGCCGCCGCCGCCUUCCCCCCCGGUGCCGCCGUCCACGUCUUCGCCGCGCCCGCCCUCCUCAUCCCCUCGCUGCCGCACCUCGCCCUCGUCUGCGCCCACUGCCUCCGCCCGGGCAACCCCCGCGCAUGCACCCGCUGCCGCGCCGCCUACUACUGCGACGCCGCCUGCCAGGCCGGCGCGUGGGCUGCCGGCCACGCCCGCGAGUGCAAGGCCUUGCGCCGGCGUCAGGGGGAGCCGCAGCCUCAGUCCGCGUCGCAGUCGCAGUCGCAGUCGCAGUCAUCCAAGUCUCAGCAGAAGCAGAAGCAGAAGCAGACCCCCGGGGCAUCAUCCCGGAGCAACGACGACGACAGCAAUGACACCCUCGACGACGCCCCCUCGUCCUCCUCCGCGUCCGCAUCCUCCUCCUCCGGCGGCGCCGCCAGGAGGAGGCCCAGCGCCGGCGAAAAGGUCGCCGGCCGCUCUGGCGCCGAGCUGCCCACGCCCGCCCGCGCCCUCGUCCAGGCCCUGCUGCGCGAGGACCUCGCCGACGCGCUGGACGGGCUCGAGGGCCACGCCGCCCGCCGCCGUGAGCAGAGCGGCGCCGCCGAGUGGCGCGAGAUGGAGAUCAUGGCCAUGGCCGCGUGCGCCUUUGCCGGCAAGCCUGUCAACGAGAAGGAGGUGCGCCGCGCUGUCGACCUAUUGUGCAAGAUCCAGACAAAUGCCUUUCACAGGUUCGACGCAGAUCUCGGCCAGGUCGGUCUCUUCCUCGAGCCGACCCUCGCCAUGGCCAAUCACUCGUGUGUCCCCAACGCCAUGGUCCAGUUCAUCGGGCGGACUGCAGUCUUGAGAGCGGAGCGCAGCAUCGAGGCUGGCGAUGAGAUUGAGAUUUCUUACACGGACUACACAUACCCCUACACCAUGCGAAAGGAGGCCCUCGCCCAGUAUUGCUUCGAGUGCCGCUGCCCUCGCUGCAAAGACAACCUCAAUGUCUACCAAGUGUGCGCCACCACACCCGUGGCCGCUCCGCCCGGCACCAGCCUGGCUCCCGACGCUUCCUCCACCGCUCAGCAUCACUCUGCCGUCAUCGACGAGGCGACGGUCGCGCUGGCAAAGUCCAACGGCGAGUCCGCCACCAGACUGAUCGAGGACUGGUCCAAGCCCGACAUGGCACCUAGCCGUCGCCUCCAGCUCCGCGCUCAGUACAGCGACUGCAGGGGUCUUGUCGGAGGCGAGUUGUGGGCCGUCACGCCUGUACCUCAGGUGUUGACCGAGAUAUCCAUAUACUACGCCGAGAAGCGCAAUUUCGCCUUUGCGCUGGCCGUGGCGUGUCUUAUCGCAACCAGAGCCGACCCGUACCGAUAUGUGGCGUGGUUUCACCCCGUCAGGGUCAAGAACCUCUUUAUGAUUGCCAAACUUCUGGCCCACACCGCCGAGAAGAGCGCCUCCCUCAGCAGCUCAGUCAUGUCGCCGCCGAUGAGGGCCAACAUGGACCAGGAGGCUCAAAUCAAGCUUCAGGAGAUUGACCAGGUGGCCCUGUGCCAGAUGCUGCUGGUCAUGGUCCUUCGCGCCGCCCCCAGCGGUGUUUCUAACGAGUGGGAUCUCGUGCAGCCCGCCCGAGAGCUGCUCGAAGACAUUGAGCAGCUGCCGGGACGGGAAAAGGAGCUUUCGCUCAUCAAUGCCUGGAUCAAGGACCCGGCGACCGAGACUUCCAAGUCGUUCUUCGACUAUGCUGUGGUGCAGCAGGUGAAUGCCCUCGCCAGCCUGGGCACUGCGGCUCUAAAAAUGGACUUUGGAAUCGUGUUUUGA